AUGACGAUAAAAUUCAAGGUUUGGCGGUCGACCGAAACAAACUCGGAAGAUAAGGCCGUCAUUAUUUUGGGGAGCGGGGCAUUCGGCGUUGUCGCGCAAGGAGUGUUAAAUCUAGGCUUCGACGAAUUAACUGGUGUCCCUGUGAUGAAAACCGUGGCCAUUAAGACGCCACGAAUUGGCAUUACGAUUGAACAGAUUCGAUCAGUUUUAGCAGAAAUUAAGAUCAACUUAUUCGUUGGACGACAUAAGCAUAUCGUCGAAUUUUUGGGAUUCUGCAUUACAGAGAUACGAAGGGGGAAAGUAAGCAUAAUCUUGGAAUUAUGUGAGAACGGAAGUCUUCUUAAAUAUCUUCGUGAUCAUGCGACACAAUUCGAAGGGCGAGAUGCUAUUUCAAGCAGCGGAAACUAUGAAAAUACGACUCUCUUCGGUAAUAUUACACUUGUCCGAUGGUGUAAAGAGAUCGCGGAAGGAAUGGAGUUCCUAGCAGGAAAUAAUGUACUACAUGGCGAUUUGGCGGCCAGGAAUUGUCUAUUGGAUUCACAGUUGUCGAUUAAAAUAAGUGAUUUCGGAUUAUCCCGGAAAUUAUAUGAUUAUCGAAAUUACGUCAAAAGGAGCAAGGCACCCCUCCCGUGGCGCUGGAUGGCCCUCGAAUCUCUGAAAGCGUUCGAAUUCUCGGUCAAGUCUGACGUGUGGUCGUACGGGGUGACAAUCUGGGAGAUUUUCAGUCUUGGUGACCAACCAUAUCCGACUUUGACUUGGAACGAGGCAUUCAUCCAAGCACUGUCUUCCGGGUUGCGACCCCCACGGCCAAACGGAUGUCCGGAUGUGUGUUACGCUUUGACGAAUUCCUGCUGGGAGAACGAUCCUGCAAGUAGGCCAGAAUUUUCCGAAAUUAUUCACCUGAUUGGACAAGAACUCGAGAAAAUGGUGCCGGAUGGACAGAUUGGAGUGGAAUGCGAAUAUGAGGAAGUGCGUUGA